GAAAUUAUCUUUAUUAAGCAGAUGGGGACUAAUUAGCGGACAUGGUGCAAUACUGGACAGUUGUUACUUGUUUUAUACGACGAUAAAGACGGGAAUAACACAUUCUUUCUCCACUGGCUUUUAUUUCGGUUUUAUCCUGUGACUGUGCCCUUUGCCCCUUUAUUUACAGACUGAACUGCGCCAUUCGGAAUGCCCUGUUCUUGCAGUCUUUAGCUCUCCGUCGCGUGUUCCCCGCACACAUCUGCCUACAGAUAUUUGUAUACAGCGUUUCUUUAGUUCGCUGUGAGGUGCAUACAAAAGUUGCGUUAUGAUGUAGGAAAGUUGCAUCGGUCGCGCAGCUCACACGACUGCUAACGGGCAUUAGCUAGCGCGCACGAGUUCGCAAACGAGCCGUCUUAUCAUCCUCGAAAGUAUGGUAAUCGUUUGUAUUCGCUGUUGACAGUCCGUAUGCGGUGUCGUCGGGUUAAAAUGACACAGAGGGAAUGACAUAAGCUAGCGUACACACGGAGUGAGCGUUUCUGUUUCGACCGCAUCCGACUGAAGCGGCGGUAUUUGUGUGUUCGGUGACACUUCGGUGACAUUAGCGUCACGGUCAGCUCGUUUGUCGAUUUCGCGCGGGGUUUAUUCUUCUUUUGUUGCGUUUUGUAGCCGCUUGGCUGAAGGGUAACUUGUACUGGAGUUUGUGUUGAAGGGGCGUUUACCGUGUUGAAGCUAGCAGAAGCUUUUUGACGGGUAGAUCACGGGCUGUCGGGAGUUUGACAAGCAGCUUAUGUAAUGCUGGCGAUUCCCCGCUCGACCUCAAAAGACGAAUAAACAGCGAGUAUUCAGAGUGCGGCGAAGUUUAUUUCGUGACACGACUUGUAUGCGUCGUCAUUAGGGCGCAUUUAUGUUUUUCGAGAGUUGUUUUUUGCGACUCGCUGCUGUUGAAACAUUGUGUCGAAGCUGCAGCGCGUCUUGUAAAAUCUAUUGACCAUGCGGGAAGUUCAACUAAAAACUAUUGCGGACACCAUAUAAACGCUUAAACAGCAUUGGACUUACACUGAAAUGCAAUUUUCGUCAUAAAUCUUGUAAAGGACUGAGAUAUGGAUCGUGGGCUAAAACGUAGCAGUAACAGUGCUGAGAAUUUAACUUUCGGGGAUUGCAUCGAGAGAGGCCUCCUAACUGAUAUUGGUGUCAAUGUGUCUGCUUUAAAUACGUCAAAGGAUUUCUCAAACGGACUGAGCGGUAGUGACGCGCAAAGAAAUCUCUCAAUGGCAGAGCCAUCCUUAAUGGGACGUAAUAUACAAGAACCAGAUGUUAAGGCAUUUAAACCUUUCAGAAUGCAGCACCAGCAAAAGGUAAAAGAGCCCCUCAACAUUGGGGAGAGCUUUUCGCUCUUGGACGAGAGCAUUGCGGACUUAAAUCGUGGUUCUGGUAUCCAGGCCCCUGACGCUUUUACAAUGAAAAUGGAGGAGUUUUCCCCUGUGGAGAAAGAGAGGCUGGACUUUCCAUCCUACGGCCACCUGGAUAAGGAUACGGAUGGUAACGAGAGAGUGAUUGGAGACAACAACAUUGACAUCCUUAAGGAUCUGGACUUACCCGACUCCCUGUCUGACCUGAAUGAGUUCUACGUUGCUGACGAGACUGCCUUUCUCUCCUCGUUGGCAGUGGAUGAUGCCCUGUUGGGAGAGAGCAACUUGCUGAAGGAUACCAGCCCUGUUGUCACUGGCAACAGUGCAGCCUGUACAAAUGUGAACGGCACGGGGAAGCGGCAGCAGAUGGUGGAAGCCAGUGUCAACAUGCCGGUCAUAAAGACAGAGAAAGACGCAGACUUUAUCCAGCUGUGUACACCGGGUGUCAUCAAACAGGAAAAUGAGAGGCGGAGCUACUGUCAGUUGUCAGGGAUGGGUGGGUCUCACGGUGGGCCCACCACUUUAGGAGACAUGGGCGGACAGGGAUACCACUAUGGAGCCAGCACCGCCUCAGGUGUGAGUUUACCAGAUCAGAAACCUCCUUUCGGCCUGUUUCCUCACAUGCCCACCCUAAGUGACAGCUGGGUUCGAGGAAAUGGAUAUGGAGAUCCGUCUGGGAUGCACAGAGCCAAUGAGACAGUACUUCCGUCCAGCUAUCCAUACAGCAGCUCUUUGGCCAGGCCUGAAGUGAGCAGCUCCAGUCCAUCCGGUUCAGUCAAGCCCGGUGGAAACGCCCACAAGAUCUGCCUGGUGUGCUCCGACGAAGCCUCUGGAUGUCAUUAUGGGGUGCUCACCUGUGGCAGCUGCAAGGUUUUCUUCAAAAGAGCCGUAGAGGGAUGGAGAGCACGGCAAAACACAGAUGGGCAGCACAACUAUCUCUGCGCAGGAAGGAACGAUUGCAUCAUCGACAAGAUAAGAAGGAAAAACUGCCCGGCGUGCCGCUUUCGCAAGUGUCUUCAGGCCGGCAUGAACUUGGAAGCUCGGAAAAACAAGAAACUGAUGCGAUUACGUGGUCAUUCGACUUCAAGUGAGCAGGCCCCGGCUCCGCCCGAUGAGCGCUUGUGUUCGCUGGUGCCCAAAGCCAUGCCUCAGCUGGUGCCCACCAUGCUGUCCCUGCUUAAAGCCAUCGAGCCUGAGAUCAUCUACGCAGGCUACGACAGCACCAUCCCGGACACCUCCACCCGCCUCAUGACCACACUUAACCGUCUGGGAGGCCGCCAGGUCAUCUCUGCAGUCAAGUGGGCCAAAGCCCUUCCUGGAUUCAGAAACCUGCACCUGGACGACCAGAUGACGCUGUUGCAGUGCUCCUGGCUCUUCCUCAUGUCCUUCGGCUUGGGCUGGAGAUCCUACCAGCAGUGUAACGGAGGCAUGUUAUGUUUCGCUCCAGACCUCGUCAUCAACGAGGAGAGGAUGAAGCUACCCUACAUGAACGACCAGUGUAACCAGAUGCUGAAGAUCGCCAAUGAGCUGGUCAGGCUGCAGGUGUCCUACGACGAAUAUCUCUGCAUGAAAGUGCUCCUGCUCCUCAGCACAGUACCAAAGGACGGCCUUAAAAGCCAAGCUGUGUUUGAUGAAAUCCGCAUGUCGUACAUCAAGGAGCUGGGCAAAGCCAUUGUUAAACGAGAGGAGAACUCCAGUCAGAACUGGCAGAGGUUCUACCAGCUCACUAAGCUUUUGGAUUCAAUGCAGGAGAUGGUGGAGGGGCUUCUCAACUUCUGUUUCUACACGUUUGUGAAUAAAUCUCUGAGCGUGGAGUUUCCUGAUAUGCUGGCAGAGAUCAUCAGCCAUCAGCUACCAAAAUUUAAAGACGGGAGUGUCAAGCCUCUUCUGUUCCAUCAGAAAUGACCGCCUUAGAUCAUAACAAUGCCUUAUAUACACGCCACCCUUUUCUUACCAGCGCUAGUCCAACCUGCCCGCUUUCCCCCAAACGUCCCGAACGAAUUGAGGGAUACAGUCGCUCCUGCUUGGUUCUCAAAGGAAACAGGUGACUCUUCAGAAAAAUGUUUGUGGAGAAGGACAAAGUCAUGUGUGCUUGGAGCAGACAUUUUUAGCGAUACUUUCUCUUUUUUUGCAUGUACACUGCUGAAAUGUUUACAAAGGUAUAUCAAAAAAGGGAAAUGUGCCUUUUUUGCGCUUUGCGAAUCAAUUUCGGAUAUUUCUCAGGCUACAAAAUUCAUGUCGAUGAUUCACAUUCAUCACGUCCGUUUCUGCCCGUGUUGCGACGGUUCUCUGUAGGUGGCAGCUCAGCGCUCCCCAGAGGUGCUCGAAAUUUCGAAGCAGCCCAUGAAACAUAAGACCAUUUUAUGCUGGUUUUUUUGAAGUCUAAUCCAAUCUCCAAAAUCAUUAAAGAAUUUUGCAUGGAGAACCAUGCCAAUGCCACAAGGUAAUUCAACUCAAAUCAAGAUUUGUUCCAUGACUGACAGCAAAUGCUGAAUUGUUUCUUUGCUUUUUGAAUAGGCUCCAUUGAAAUUUAAUUUGAAGGGAUAGGUCGCUCAAAAAUUCCAUUGAAUUCUUUUAGUGAAUUUCCCAACUCUCAUGUUGUUCCAUGUAACACAGAAGAAGAAAUUCUGAAUUUUACAUUCAGUUGCAAUGGCUGCUGGCUGCAGCUUUCAAAAAAAAAAAAAAAAAAAAAAAGUGACAAAGACAUUAUGAAAGUCUUACAAAGUGGCUCGUCUGUGACUCAUUCUGUAUUCCAAGUUUUAUUAAUUCAUACAAUAGCAUGGUGUGAUGAGCAAACCAAAUGAAAGUCAUUAUUCACUGAAAAUGUAUCUAUUCAGUGAGCUCCAAUCCAUUUAGACAUUAAUAUAAAAAUGACAUUCAUUAAUCAGAUCUUCUUGUCAGUCCUCAUUUUGGAGGGAAAAAAAAGACUAGGAUGUUCUUUAAAAAUACAACUUUUAAUAAUAAAUAUACUAAAAUAAGUCAUUCUUGAACAACAUGAGGUUGAGAAAAUGUUUAUAAGCAUUUGGAUAUAAAACGGAGAGGUGGUGAUGGUAAGUUAUGAAAUCAGCGAAUGAGUUCAGGGUUAAUUUGUCAGCUUUCCAUCCAUUCUGGCCACGUUCAGAUUAGCAUAUCCCAGCAUUCCCCUCUUGUCGUCUGCCGUUGGUUCAUGCAAUCCGAUGAAUGUUUGCACGCGCUUGAGGUUGCACAUCCUCCGACAUCUCAGACUUUUUAUUUUCCGUCAUCCCGUUUUUAAUUGAAAUGUUUUUGGAAUGCUCUCUGCAAAUUCUAAAUCUGGCAGCCCAUAUGAGGCCCACAAGUUUUGACCCACUUUUCUUGUCUUUGUCUUUGAUGUAUCCCUGUGGUGCCAAGCCACAGUCGCACUCUUUUGUGGUAACAUCAGAACAAAAGGAACAUUUGUUGUUGUCGUGCUCGGGCCUGUGUUUGCUCAUUGUUACGUGUCAACUGACAUUCAUGUCUGCGCUUCAGGGUUUUUGCACCAGCUACGCUUGAUUACCAGCGUAAAGGAAUAAUUCAUCCAAAAAUGACAGUUCUGUCAGGAUUUACUCUCCGUCGUGUCAUUCCAAACUCACAUGUAGUUAGUUUUCAGUCACUAUGAACUACGUCGUAUGGAAAAGUGCUGUGUGAAGAUUCUUCACAAUGUCGUCUUGUUCCACAAAAUAAUUAUUUUAUUUUAUUUUUUUAAAUAUGGGUUUGAAACGACACACGGGUGAGUAAAUAACGACGGAGUUUUCAUUUAUGUAAUAUUCCUUUUAUAAUAUUUUUUUUUGUUUAAAAUACAUGUUGCACUUGAGUAUCCUGCACAUUUCUGGAAUUAUUAGUGUUUGUGUAUAUAAGACAAUUGAACAUUCAAACAUCGACCUAGCAAAGCUAUUUAAAAACUAUAUUUGUUUGUUCGACUCGGAUGAUCGAGCUGUUAAUUUUGCCGCUAUGGUCAUGUACAGUAUUAAAACUUAAAAGUUAAUUUCCAGCGUAGGACUCGUGUCACCGAGCCACUGUUUGCUUGACGCUUAUUUCCGACAGCUGACGUGAAACGGAAACGUCGCAGUACAUAUCCCAGUCCUCCUGGUGGAUUCCUCAACUAUUUUACGAGACGAUUUUUUUACAAAUUCCUCGCUAGGUUUGUGAGAUGUCGCGUUUUUUCUAUCCGUUUCACAGUAGGCCUUGCAAAGGGAGUUUGUGAGCCAUAAAACGUAGGUUGUAUAAAUUCCGAAGUAUGCUGAAAUGUCUAGAAAAUAUUUUUUUCGUUGGGUAAUGAUUGAUCAUUUUUAAACGAAACUAAAGCGAAAAUAUAACGACACAGAUUCUCUUUGAUAUACACAUCAUUUUACAACAAAAUAAUUUGUAUUGCUAUCUUUUUUGUCAAGAACUAUAUUACAGAUGCACUUUUAAGGAAAAAGUGUUGUUGUAUGUAAAUGUAAAUUCUAUAAAUCUAUAGGGAAUAUAUAUAUGAGUAAUCACUGUUUUAAAGAAUAAAGACAGCUUAGAGUUAUAAGUCGGGGAUGCAAGUAUAUUUUGUAUAGUGCAACAGAGUGACCAAAGCGACGCGGAUUUAAAACAAAAUAACAAAUAAAUAUUUAAAGCAGUUACAUUUUACAGUAGCACUUACUACCCAACUCUAGGCUCUUUUUACUUUAUUUUAUCCUUUUCUAUUUCUUUUAUAAAGAUUUAGGCUUUGGUCUCAUGUAUAAUGCUGUACAAUUAACUAGUAAAGAUAUAAAUAAAGCUGUGUGUAUGUAAUGCAUCAGAGCCUGAGAAUUUGCACUACCCUAAUACUGGCCUGACAUAGUAUAUUUUGUACAAAAAUUCAUGCAGAUACUAUCUUUAAAGAUUAAGGGCAAAUCAUAUUUCACUGGUAUAUGGCUUUCAUUAAAGUCUUUUGUUUUGUUUUGUUUGCAUUUCAGUUAUAUGUAAAAUAAUCCAAUGUAAAGGAUAUACAAUGUCUAUUUGUUUGAAAAAAUAGUUUUGUAUGACUUCUGUAUUACACCUCUCCUGUAGUCAAUGUCGAUCUUUACACAUAUUUGAUUAAAUGUUGGACAAAAUUUGA